AUGAAAUCCUAUAUUUGGCUUCUUCAGAAUCAGGGCGAUUUUCUGGUGCGCGAAACAAGCAAAAAAGCUUCUGAUGCUGCCGUCAAUACGCCUUUAAUCGCUGUUGGAGCCAAAACGAGCACAAAUUGCGUUGGCAACAUUCAACCAUUUGCCGUCUUCCAUACAAAUGGCAUUCCUGCUUGCCAUGCCAACCCCACCGUCGUAACCAAAAUGGUGCUUUCUGUCUACUGGCAUGGCCAUAAACAUUUCAUCUUACAGGGCGGCCCUGCAAUGAAUGCUCCUGGUUGGUAUCUUGAAGAAGGUGUCUUUCCAACCGUCCGUUUUAGAGAUAAUCGUUUAUCAGGUUCCUAUGAUCCUUUGCUCUUACCUCUCCGCUCAGUGCCAGAUGUAAGGUUGCGCUGCAACUGCUCAUUAUUAUGGAGCUAA